AUGGACAUGAAUGUCGUCCCUGAAGCCAUCCUCAACGAGAACACCGCUGUAGACAGAAGUAAAUGUUUCCACGAAGAUUUCAAUUUCAGCAGUUACUGUGAGGAUUUGAAGGAGAAAGAUGCCAACUUGAAGAACGUUCAUUUAUCGUUAGUCACAACAUGGGAGACCUUCCAGGACGGCACCACCUCGCAUGGCUUUCCACAGUUCGGACGAGCUAAAGUUAAAAGGUACAUGCAGCAUCAAGUGAAUGUGAAAAUUCUAUUGGUUCACGAGAAGACCAUGAAGUUUCCAGCUGUGACUAUUUGCAACAACAACCAGAUGAAAAUCUCAAAUCUCAAAAACAACUCACUUUUCAUGAAAAAAAUAAACAUGUACAAGUUGGAUAUGAACACUCGUCAUCGAUCGUGCGUUUCUUCCUCCUCCUCCUCCAAGAUCGAAACCACUUCCACUCGAGCAGCACCCACAACAACCACAAUGACAAGAAACUUCACUCCUGGCAGUGAAUCCUUAUUCUUAAAUAUUUCAAACCUUGAUUGCAACCAAAGAUACGGCAUAAAAAUUGUUAAGAAUAACAACAUGACUUUUUAUUAUCCAAACAACACAACCCCCCAGAUGAACUGUAGUCAUAUUUCCAAUAACGAUAGUGAAUGUUGCAGUGGUAACAGUGUGCAAUUGAACGAUACCACGGAGGAUGGAUUGGAAGUAACAGCAGUCCUCACAGCUGCUCACACGACUCUUCAUACGACCACUGUGCAACCUGCAAACGUGGACUGCCAAACAGACAACGAUUACUCUGAAGAGUCACAACAGCAACGUGGCGACUUCAAACUUACGAACCAGGUGGUGGAGCAACUAAUGACCAUGGAACAAACUGACCGGAAGAACAAAGGUCACCAGUUGGAGGACAUGAUCAUUGACUGUUCCUACGCUGAAGGACAAUGCAAUUUAGAUUAG